AUGUCUCAAAUUCGAACAAGAAGCAUACAUAGCAAUCCUGUCAUGAAUUAUUGGGGGAGCAUUGUUGAUAUUCUUUCUGGUGCAGAAUCAAAACGUAUUGCAUACGCCAACCCAAUUGUCAAGGAUCUGGUUUAUGAAUUUGGCUCAGAUUCUAUAAUGAGAGAAACCAGAUCAGACUUGAGUCAGCGCAGUUUAGAUCUGCUGAAAAAAGUAUUAAAGGAGGACUACAGGCCCCCUUCGAGCAGUUUUGGUAUUCACAAGCAAACUUUUCCAGAUCCGGUGAAUUCGACCGCAUCCUAUUAUGAAAAACCUUAUAACGAAGAAACUUCAAGUGGAAAGCCACAUGAAUUCGAUCUUCGCUGGAUUCAUCUUCCUGUCAAUGAGGUAAGGCCUUCAGAUAGUGCUGAUGAAUCAUUAACAGUUACAUCUGAUGAGAGUAAGUUGUACGGUGACUCCCACUUUUCUCAAACGUCUGAUAAAAAAUUCAAGGACUUGGUGAGUCGGCUAUCGAGGGAUUCGAAAAGAUCUGAAGGAGAACACAUGACUAUCAUGAAACACUUCAACAAAAGCUGGACAGAGCUGGCUGCAGGCUCAGAACGUUACUACAUGAAACCCCAAUUCGUGAAUACCCACCACAAUCACCCUAUCAGUGGUGUUGAUGGCGACCAAACCCCAAAAGAGGUUAACACCGACGAUUGCGCGGCAAUUUACAUGCCAUAUCUAGACACAGGGACAUAUCCCCCUACAGUAAAUAAACCACCAACUACUGAACAUCUCACGAUGCUCGAUGAGUCGAUCAACGAACGUAAUUCGAGAACCAUUAAACAUCUGCCGAUGACUCUCGACCAAUAUUACUAUCCGGCCAUUGAAGAUACUUCGAAGAGAGAUAAUGAUCAGGUGCUGUCAAAGUUCUUGCAAAAGAAGUUUGGACAAUCUAAAACUUUGGAUUUGGAUUAUCGACAGAAGUAUUGUUACAGAUUCCGAAUUGCAACGUGUGAUUCGGCUGACUCUGCUUCAGAAACAAUCAUCACGGCCACAACCCAGAACUUUGGUGAAGCUUCCACAGAAAUCAGCAAAGCAGAUCGAGAACCUCCAGAAAGCCUCCAGAAUGCAGUGGAUAACAUACUUUACGGCGAGACUAAAAGUCAAUUUGAACGCGCAAGAACAGCCGAUUCCCUGAUGGAGCUUCUUCUUGGUGUUGCAUCUGGGCUUUUCAUAAAAAGAUUUGUACCUGUUUCUGAUCAAAUCUAUAAGGGGCCUAUUGAGAUAUUUCGAGAGUCAAUUAGAGAUAUGGCUGAAAAAGAAUCUUCGCUUUUCCAAGAGUUUCUUCAAGGUCUCCAGGAAGCAAACCCUCGGGAACCAGAGCAAAAGCAAGGAAAACCUUCCAAUACAAAGUCUGACACCAAGUCGCCGGAUGGACCGAUGCCUUUAAAUCGCUAUCAUGUUAUUUCAUCUGAAACCGAACUUCUAAACAUGAUACGAGAUAUCUGUGACGAGCUUCAUAUGCUCAGAUCUUUAGCAGAGGACCAAGAAAUUGUUUGGAAGCAGGCCUUUGCUUCCAGUGACCUGAUGCACUUCAAAGCUUACACUCCCACUAAUGUCAAGAAAGAUCUGGAUGAUAUGCUUUCUGAAGCAGAUGAAACAGAGAGCUAUAUCAACACUCUGCUCGACCGGCGACAAGCGGAAUUCGGCAGAUUACAGGCAUACGAUUCAGCCAGACAGUCCAACAGUAUCUUCAUAUUCACUACCAUGACCAUUGUAUUUGGGACAAUGUGCAACAUAAGGGGUGGUGGAUAUUUCCUAUUAUCUGCGAUUGGUGUCACCACACUUGUCUCUGUUCCAGCUACCAUUUUCACGUGGAAAUUCAACGCCAUUUCUAGCUUUCGACCACGAAACAGUAUUGUCAGUGAAAGUUUGAAGCAUACUGAUGCUUUAAAGGUAGCUUUGAGUAGAGUGAGAAGGAGAGGUAGGAAACAGCAUGAUAUUGAGGCAAAAUAA